UAAGGUGAAGAGGCUUAGGCUGGCCGGCUUGACGCUUCAAUCGAAAGGCUUUGAACAAAAAGAGCAACCCGAAUGUGAAUUAGCGCAUAUUUGCAUCAGCCACGACGACGGAGCUCCAUUGUCUGAGAGGCGAAGCAGAGAGAGAGAGAGAGAGAGAGAGAGAGAGAGAGAGUGAGAGAGGAAUCGAGGAAGCAGAAUAAAAGGGGGAAGGAGCGUUUUGUUAAAGGCUGGACUUAAACAGGAUUUGUUUUUGUUGGACCGACGACUUGGACAAGAUGAGCGAGCAGAAUACGCAGCAGAACCAGUUGGUGGUGCAGAAUUCAGGGAGCCUCAGCUUUAGCAGCCAGAUGUCCAAGGAAGAUGAGGAGAUGUCGAGGUCAGCUCUCUCAACUUUCAAAGCCAAAGAAGAAGAGAUUGAAAGGAAGAAGAUGGAGGUGAGAGAGAGGGUCCAGGCGCAAUUGGGUCGCGUUGAGGAAGAAACCAAGCGUCUAGCCUUGAUUCGUGAGGAGCUCGAAAGCCUGGCAGAUCCGAUGAGGAAGGAAGUAGCACUGGUCCGGAAGAAGAUUGAUUCGAUAAACAAAGACCUAAAGCCCCUAGGCCAUACCUGCCAGAAAAAGGAGAGGGAAUACAAAGAAGCUCUCGAAGCUUUCAAUGAAAAGAACAGGGAAAAAGUACAGCUAAUCACGAGGUUGAUGGAGCUGGUGAGUGAAAGCGAGAGAUUAAGGAUGAAGAGGCUGGAGGAGCUGGGUAAGAGCGUAGAAACCAUGCACUGAUCUGGCCAGCUGCUGACUCUGAUUAGGUUUGCGUGGGAUAUUGAAGAUGACUUGGUAUAUUUAUAUGAAUGCGUGUCUUGUGCUUGUGUAUUCUGUCGUGUUCAUGUUUGUUUCAGUGGCAUUUGUUGGGAUAUUAACCUAAUUUAGGAAGGGAAAUACCAUUUUAGACAGGCUUGUAACUAGAAUACUUGCAUUUGGUGUUUUUCUUUUCCUCCAGAGAACUUCAAACCAGUGGGUACUGGGUAGUGCUGUUUGGGCUUCAUGUAAUUUAAAUCAUGUUGCCAAGGGAAGAGGACCUUGGUGAUGAUUUGGUGGUAGGGCUCAGGCACACAGCUAGAGCAGUGUAACUAAAUUGCAGAAGCAUGUCUUGUGACCGUAUAUGGUUACUGCCGAAUGGAACGUUUAUAUAUUCUGUUAAGAAUUAAAGCCUCGGAAUUGUGUU